CGAUUUACCGCUCUGUCGACUUUCCGCAGGCGGCUGCCCCUCCGCGACGAGGGAUGGGGUGGGAGCCGGGGCGAUCCCAGCACCAGCUGGCUGUGCGGAAAACCAUUCGAGCCCCGCCCGCGGGCUGGCCCGGGGCCGCAGGAGGGCGGCUGCUGGCGAGGAGUCCGGGCCUGGGAGGUGUGCCGGGUGGGGCCAGGAGGUCGCUGCGAGAGCCCCUGCCCGGGACCGGUGAAUCAACUGCCUUCUGCAGUGGCCCGAUUUGUCCAGCAGUACAACUGACUGGGGACUAAGCGCACCGGCCCCUGUGGCCUCUGUGCCCUCCCACAGGGCUUGGCCAGGGAUUUAGACCCCCGACCUCCAAACUUGAGUCCUGCGGUGGGGGGAGAGGGCCCUUUAAGAAGACCUCAGUGAUUCACGGAGGAGGGGCAAGGGGGCUCAAAGAUCUCCGUAAGACAGCGAUGUCUAGAGUCUCUGAAGAUCUUCUUUGCACCCGCUCCAUUCCCUCCUUUAACCGGGACACUCAGGUUAGAGGUUCUUCCCAGACCAAGGGACACGCAGGCACUGCUGUCCCCAACACAGGAAAUGGAGCAGCAGAGGCGAGACUAUUACGUGGAGCGGCCCCUGCUGAACCAGGAGCAGCUGGAGGAGCUGGGGCACUGGGGCUCAGUGCCUGGGACCCGCCCAUGGCGGAGCUGGUUGCAGUGUUCCCAUGCCCGUGCCUGCGCCCUUCUGCACCAACGCCUCCCAGUUUUAGCCUGGCUACCUCGGUAUCGCGUGCAUGACUGGCUCCUGGGUGACCUGCUGUCUGGCUUGAGCGUGGCCAUAAUGCAGCUGCCACAAGGCCUGGCCUAUGCCCUCCUGGCUGGACUGCCCCCCGUGUUUGGCCUCUACAGCUCUGUCUACCCUGUGUUCAUCUACUUCCUGUUUGGUACUUCCCGACACAUCUCCGUGGGAACUUUUGCUAUUAUGUCUGUGAUGGUGGGCAGUGUGACAGAAUCCCUGGCUCCAGAUGAAGGCUUCCUGCAGGCCUCGAAUGCCACGGUCAAUGAGACUGCCAGAGACGCAGUCCGGGUGCAGCUGGCCUCCACACUCAGUGUUCUGGUUGGCCUCUUCCAGGUGGGACUGGGCCUGGUCCACUUCGGCUUUGUGGUCACCUACCUAUCAGAGCCUCUGAUCCGCGGCUAUACCACGGCCGCAGCUGUGCAAGUCUUCGUAUCGCAGCUCAAGUAUGUGUUCGGCCUCUACCUGAGCAGCUACUCUGGGCCACUGUCUCUCAUCUAUACAGUGCUGGAGGUCUGCUGGGAGCUGCCCCAGAGUGUGGUCGGCACCAUGGUCACUGCAGCUGUGGCAGGGGCAGUGCUUGUGGCAGUGAAGCUGUUGAAUGACAAGUUGCAGCGGCACUUGCCCCUACCUCUGCCUGGGGAACUACUCACGCUCAUCGGGGCCACAGGCAUCUCCUACGGCCUGAGCCUGAAGCACAGAUUUGGGGUGGAAGUUGUGGGCAACAUCCCUGUAGGGCUGGUGCCACCGGUGGCCCCCAGCCUCCAGCUGUUCACAAAGCUUGUGGGAAAUGCCUUCGCCAUCGCUGUGGUUGGAUUUGCCAUUGCCAUCUCGAUGGGGAAGAUCUUCGCCCUGAGGCACGGCUACCGGGUGGACAGCAACCAGGAGCUGGUGGCCCUCGGCCUCGGUAACCUCAUCGGAGGCCUCUUCCAGUGCUUCCCUGUGAGCUGCUCCAUGUCUCGGAGCCUGGUACAGGAGAGUGCUGGUGGCAACACACAGGUGGCUGGAGCCAUCUCUUCCCUCUUCAUCCUCAUUGUUAUUGUCAAGCUUGGGGAAUUCUUCCAUGAACUGCCCAAGGCAGUCCUGGCAGCCACCAUUAUCGUGAACCUGAAGGGCAUGUUGAUGCAGUUUGCUGACAUAUGCUCCCUCUGGAAAGCAAAUCGAGUGGAUCUGCUCAUCUGGCUGGUGACCUUUGUGGCCACCAUCCUGCUGAACCUGGACCUUGGCCUGGCAGUUGCAGUGGUCUUCUCCCUACUGCUGGUGGUGGUCCGCACGCAGCUACCCCACUACUCUGUCCUGGGGCAGGUUCCAGACACGGAUAUUUACAGAGAUGUGGCUGAGUACUCAGAAGCCAGGGAGGUCCCUGGCGUGAAGAUCUUCCGCUCCUCAGCCACAGUGUAUUUUGCCAACGCCGAGCUCUACAGUGACACGCUGAAGCAGAGGUGUGGUGUGGAUGUUGACCGCCUCAUCUCUCAGAAGAAGAAGCGGCUCAGGAAGCAGGAGCUAAAGCUGAAGCGGCUGCAGAAGAAGGAGAAGCAGCUUCAGAAACAGGCUGCCUCCUCCAAGGGCACCUCAGUCUCCAUCAGUGUCAAUACCAGCCUUCAGGACAUCAACAUCAACAAUGCAGAGGGCUCCAAGGCCAAGGAGGCAAGCACAGGGGAUGAUGAGUUGGAGGGUACUGUGGCCAGCAGUCAGGAAGACACCAAGACCCCAGUCAUGUCCACACUGAAGGCCCUGGGUCUGCCUCAGCCACACUUCCACAGCCUCAUACUGGACAUGAGCGCCCUUUCCUUUGUGGACACCGUAUGCCUCAAGAGCCUGAAGAACAUUUUCCGUGACUUCCGGGAGAUCGAGGUGGAAGUGUACAUGGCCGCCUGCCACAGCCCUGUGGUCACCCAGCUCGAGGCUGGGCACUUCUUUGAUGCAUCCAUCACUAAGCAGCAUCUCUUCGCCUCUGUCCAUGAUGCUGUCAUCUUUGCCCUCCAGUACCCAAGGGCCAGCCCCAUCAGUCCUGUUUUGGACACCAAACUCUGACCAUGCAGCCACGCUGCCUGAGACUACCUACCUCUAGAGGUGACCCUUGAAAUGCCCCCAACCCUGAGCCUCUUCCAGGAGUCACCCCAGAGUCCCAUGAGCGCAACUCAGGGAUGGAGGUCCUGGGACUACAGGUUCAGCCCUGGAAUGGGCUACUGGGGUCAGGCCAGCACUGGCCGGGCGGCAGGAGGUGCUGAUGUAUGCUUUCAGCCUCAGGAAUAAAGAUUUGUCUGCCCAACUCCAGGCUCUGCCGUGUCUUGGUCUGGGCUCUUGGCUGAUGGGAGUUCCUCAGCCUUAGCUCUUGACCCUUCUGUUGUGGUGCUAGGCCCAAGGCAGAGGCGUCCCAGCUUCAAGUUUCCCCCACAGUCACGCACAGCCCUCAGGGCCUACAUCCUCAGCUGUAAAAUAGUUGGAAUCUGAGCUGCUUCUCUGGAAAUAAUCUUUCCUCAAGGACACUCAAUACAGUGUGGGGCAGGGCUGGUUCUACUAGAGGGUGCGGGGUCAACACCUGAGCAACCAGCUCAGGACGCUCACAGGUGCUGCUGCUCUGUGUUUAAGAAUAAA